UAGAUAAUAUUACGUGCUCUGUGGUUAGUUAUUGGUCGAUUGUUCGAAGAUUUUCGUUAUUGAUAUCGGAAAACUUAUAUUAUUUAGCUAAGCUUUCUUGUAAUUUUCAGGACAAAUAAGUUUUUAUAAAUACUCAAAAUGGGACGACGUUCAAUUAAUACCACUAAAAGUGGUAAAUAUAUGAAUCCUACGGAUCAAGCACGUAAGGAAGCCAGAAAGAAAGAACUAAAGAAAAAUAAGAGGCAACGUCAAAUGGUAAGAGCCGCAGUUCUGAAGAUGAAAGACCCCACACAAAUUUUGGAAGAACUGCAAAAGAUAGAUGAAAUGGAGUAUAAUGUAUUACAACCGUCACCAUUGAAUGAGAAGGUAUUGAAGGAAAAGCGAAAAAAAUUAAAAGAAACAUUUGAUAGAGUGCUGAAGAUGUAUGAUAAAGAUGACCCAGAGAAAUGGAUUGAAUUAAAACGACAAGAAACUGAUUAUGAAAAAAGAAGAGCACAUUUGAUAUCAUAUUAUGAAUCGGUGAAGCAUGCACAAUCUGUACAAGUGGAUGAUAUUCCUCUGCCAACUUUGCAGAUUCCUGAAAACAUAUUGUAUGGUAAUCUCCCCUUGCAAAUACCACUUCCAGCGGACACAUUGCAUCCUAAUGCACCCGUGAAACCAAUAUUAAAGAAGGAUUCUGCAUAUAAAGAAAGGCCUGUUGGUAUAGAGCCACCAGGGGUACCUCCUGGACCACCUCCAGAUUAUGGUGCUCUUAUUGCUGAAGUUAUGAAGAUGAAGAUCGUAGAGAAGAAGAUGCUGCGAUUUUCUGAUGUUACUGAUGAGGGUCCUCCAGGAAUGAAUAUUCCACCACCAGGCUUACACAGACCAGAGGAUCUAGAUGGAGAAGCGAUGGAAGAUAUAGAACAACCAUCCAGUCCGACUCCAGCUACACCAGCUCCGAAACCCACAUCUUUACAGCAGAGGAUGUUGGCACUAUCUGGACAGAAUAUUGAUGAUUUCAUGAAGGAGAUGGAGGAAGUGCAUAGGAAGAGGGAGAGGGAUAGAGCUGCAGAUCUAAAUGCGCGGCUAUCCGCACUAAAGCGCGCGCCGCACCUGAGCCACGGGCGCGACAGCGACUCGGACAGCGACACGGAGGCGCACGCGCACGCGCACGCGCACCACGCGCCCGAGACGCUCGAGCCGCCCGGCGCCGAGCGCAGCGUCCCGCCGCCCAUGCUGCCGCCCGGUACAGGGCCCCUGAGGCCACCGGGCCCUCCGCCCGGUGCCCCGCCGCGGUUGCUCAGGCCCCUGGUGCCCCCGCCUCCACCGCACGUGUCAGUUUUGACGGCCGCACCACAGUUGAUACAGAAGAAAGACGCGCCGCAAAGUGCGACCAUAAGCGCAAAGCCCCAAAUUAGAAACUUGUCUGCUGACGUCACGAGGUUCGUGCCUUCAGCGCUGCGGGUGAAACGCGAAGACAAGAAGAGCAAGCCGGAGCACAAGGUGACCCUACAUAGACCUGAGGUCCCGAAGCAGGCACCCAGCAAGGAUGACGCGUAUAUGCAGUUCAUGAAGGAGAUGGAAGGAUUGUUAUAGUUAUCAUUUAUAAUAAAGUGGUUUUAGUCA